UCUGCGUUUCCAGUUUAGUUCUGAUUCUGAUCUCUGAAUUUUUUCUCUGCUGUGUAGAUUUGGCGUGUAUUCAUUGUGUUGUGUUCGUGACAGAACAUUUUAAUGCAACAAUUUAUUGUAAUGAUAUCGUUGUAGCAGCGUGCAAUAUUGAUUAAUUGUUAUCUGCAAGAAUGGUUGACACAACUUUGCUGCUUGGUGUGGCUAUUGCUUUCGUUAUUGUUUUGAUUGUAAUCUUAACAUACUUAAAAGAAAAACGGACAACUGCUGGUCGCAUAAAUGAAGGAGCUCCUCCAAGAAUCAGAGAUGUACCUGUCUUAAGAGGGGGUAAUGUAGAAGGUCCUCGAAGAGCUGGUCGGAAUAUCAGAGCUCGAAUGAGAGCUGCAGCGGCCAGACCUGAAAACGAAGAGGAAGAAGAUGAUUUGUUACUUGAUGAAAUUGCAAUGCCAGAAGGCAAAAUAGGUGCUAAAAAAAGGAAGAAACUUGAGUUAAAAGCAGAGAAACGCAAAGAAAGAGAAAGGGAAUUAGAAGAAAGAGAGGAGAGAAAACAAAGACAAAAAUUGUUGGAUGAACAAAGGAAAAAAGAAGAAUUAAAAGAAAAAGAGGAAGAACGCCGUAAGGAAGAAGAGGAGAAAGCAUUGAAAGAAGAAGAGGAAAAAAGAGAACUUGAAGAAUAUUUAAAACUAAAGGAAACUUUUGCUGUUGAAGAAGAAGGUUUUGAUCAGGAAGAAAAUCAAGAAGAAGGAAACAAAUUUCAAGAAUUUAUUGAUCACAUUAAAAGUCAAAAAGUUGUUUUAUUAGAAGAUUUGGCUUCCCGUUUCAAGCUUAAAACUCAGGAUGCUAUUGAUAGACUCCAAGAGCUUUUAGCCCAAGAAUGGUUGGUUGGAGUAAUAGAUGACAGAGGAAAAUUUAUUUAUAUUACAAGAGAAGAAUUAGAAUCUGUAGCUCAGUUUAUUAAACAAAGAGGCAGAGUGUCUAUAGCAGAAUUAGUUGACUGCAGCAAUACUUUAAUAAAUCUUCAACCUGACUCUACAGAUUCAGUGGCAGUAGCAUCUUGAAACGGACUUAUUUGUAUUUAAAUUAAUGUAUUCAUGUUUAAGUAAAAGAGAAUUUAUAUUCACAGUUUUAA